UGCAAUAAUAACUGUAACAUAACUUUCUUGAUUACAAUCAAUAUGUAAUCAGCAUAUCUUAUUUGAUAUCCAAUAAUAACUAUCUCUAACAUCAUAACUUUCUUGUAUUAAAAGCAAUAUGUAAACGCAAGGUGUAAUCAGCAUCAUCUUAGUUCAAAUGCAAUAAUAACUGUAACAUGACUUUCUUGAUUACAAUCAAUAUGCAAUCAGCAUAUCUUUCAUAUGCAAUAACAACUAUUUGGAACAUCUUAACUUUCUUAAUUAAAAUCAAUUUGUUUCAAUUAAAAUCAAUCAGUUUCAAUUAAGUCACAAUAUUUUCUUAAAGCUUUUGUAUUUGAUCACAAGAACAAUAAGGUGAAAGAUAUCAACUCUAUACAAUAUUAAAAUGCCAUGCUCCUUGUUCUCUCAGGAUAUUUGUGAAUUCUUCCACAAGUUCAGGGUAGGUUUGGUAUGUGCAUGGAAGUUCUAGUGAUGGAUUACAGGUAUGGGCUAUUGGUCUCCUUGCAAAGCCAUCUGUAURUGUGAAUGAAAUCUCAAUUCCUCGAUCAAUCAUGGUACAACUUCCUGUUGUAAAUUUGAGAAAGGCYUCCAGAGAUUUGRGAUCUAAUGAUCGUAUAAAUUUCUUUAGGAAAUCAAAGCUCUGGCGCUCUGCUUCAUUGGAUGGAUUUGCUUCAAGGGCUUUGACAACUUUCUUUGUUGUUGGCUUCUUCUUCUCAUAAAGGAACACAAGAUCUGUAACACUUUGGAAUUUCUUUCUUUCUGUUAGUAAAGACAGCGGUUUGGACCAAGACUGAGCUAUAUAUCUGGGACACUGAAUAAGUUCUUGGUGUGCUAAUUCAGUAACAAUAGUUUGGAAAUUCUCUUGUGUAGGCAUCUUGUAGCACUUAUAAUUCCCUAGAAAGUCUAGGAGGUCACCAGAGUCAACAUCUGAUAUAUCACCAUUCAUGAGUCCAUAAGUUCUCGCUCAUCAUGGCUGAUGUACUGGCGAAAUGAUUCCAACAGGAACUUGCUGUCAAUUUCCUUUUCCCCAAACAAGCAUGAGACAAUAAAUGCCUUGGAAAUACCAGUUGGAAAAAAAUCAAAACACUCGACUCCAUAGACUAGUAUUUCCCCUACUGCUCUCCACUUGUCAUGCUGAAAAUCAUGACGUAUGACAGGCACCUUCUCAAUGUCGCCAGUUGUUAAAGAUGAAUACACCUGUUGCCAGAAAGUGGAGAAAAUGUCUCUUGCAACGCCAACACCUUCUCCUUCCUCCAAUUCCCCUUUGUCAUUUAUUAUUCUGAAUAAUGACCCUUUUGGUGUUUUUUUUGCUUUAAAUACUUUACCACUAUUUUCAAAACUACGCGACCACAUUGGCGAAAGUCAGUUUGUCGAAUUUGAAAAAACUGUUCCGUCAAUCAAAUUGCGACCGGGUGCCCAGUCUCCAAAGUGGGYGGGACUUGGGUGAAAAUUAGUUUCAAGAUUAUUCAAAAUGGUUGCCAGCUAUCCUGAGGCUUUACRUUGGCGUGUUAUAUAUUUACUUUACGGAGAAGGUUUGCAAGUCAAGGAAAUUUGCGGAAUUUUGAAAGUAAGCAAAAUCUUCGUCAAUAAAGUCAUCGGACUUUAUCAAAGAAAUCUUUCAGUUGCAUACAAGAUUCGCCGCGGUGGACGACCGCGAAAGCUUGAUGCAAAUGAUAUUCUGCUUAUAAAAGCAGUCGUAGAACAAUAUCCUGAAGCAUAUGAAGACGAGGUCAGCGAAUGGAUAUUCCAUGCAACUGGGAAGCAAAUCAGCAUUUCAUCGAUAUCACGUUACCUCAAACAAAUUGGAUAUUCGAGGCGAAAGCUAAAUGUCAUUGCUAAGCAACGAGAUGAUGCAAGACGUGCCGAGUAUUGCCGUAGAGUCAGUGCUUUCAAUAGAAAACAGCUUUUAUUUAUUGACGAGUCUGCAAAAGAUGACCGAACAUUUCAGAGGAGAUAUGCUAGAGAACUUGUUGGAACUGGCCGCAUCUCUAUAAAAGGUAACUUCACAAGAGGCUCUAGAUUCAGUGUUCUUGGUGCUAUCAACACAAGUGGAGUAAUAGCCUCUAAUGUUAUUCAUGGGGCAUACAAUCGAGAGCAGUAUGAGUUUGCUUUUAUGCAAUUUAUCCUACCACAUGUUGGAAACCUUGCAAACCAGGAGGAAAAUUCAGUUGUCAUAAUGGAUAACUGCAAUAUCCACUAUUCAGACGUYGUCACAAAUGCAGUGCGAAACAAAGGAGGCAUCAUCAUGUUUCUUCCGCCCUACUCACCUGAUUAUAACCCGAUAGAGGAUUGUUUUAACUUUUGCAAGAAAUGGCUUCAAAGAGAUCAGGAAAUUUGCUAUACCUAUCCAAAACGCUCUUUCGAAAUCGCACUUAAUCAGGUUACCCAAGAUAAGAGCGAGGGAUUUUUUGAAGACUGUGGCUACUUAUAACAACUAAUUGUAUCAACUAACUAACUGAAAUCAUGUACCAGUAAAACAUACAUUUAAUUUACAAAAUUGCAUCUUUUGUUAAAUGUUUUUCUUUUUGAACUGAAAAUAUCAUGCUGUUCAUGCUACAUUUGAAAUGUUGUCCAGCAGGUAACAUAAUCUUUUCUUCGGACAAACAACAUCUGCAAUAACAAGUUAGUUUACGAGUGGAAAUUUUUAAGUUCUCCUUAUAAGACAGUACACUGUGCAUGCUUCUUAUGCCUUUCACUUCUUUAAAUAGACGAUUCCUCCGAUCAUGUAAUAUUUCCUCCACGUGAAAGAAAACCCGUUUUUUAAGUCUCACAUUAUGGGACUGGUAAACACUUUGGGAAGGCUCUCUCAGGGAAUUUUCUGCAAAAUUGUACAAAUCGAGACUGCUCUGAAUAACGACUUCACGUCUGAUAACCGCCAUGUCAGAUUUGUGCUUGAUGUUGGCACCAGCUCCAUCUUGGGGACCUUUGGCGUGUGAUGUUUCAAAGUAGUUACGAAUUGUUCUGAAGCCAAAAUCUUCAAAAGACACUGAAAUAUCGCCCAGGCAAUGACAGCUUUUGAAUUGCGUAGCACAGCCAUCUGCAUGGUCUCAACACGGCAUCCAAUGUCUUUAAGAUAGUUUGCCACUUGUUCACGGCAAUUGUGAACAGAGUGUGAAUCGUGUGUUUUGUCCCGUGAAAUAACAAACAAUUGUUCUGUGAUGAUUUUUGGACUUUCAGGAGUACUUUCCUCAUCCUCGAUUUCUUUGAUUGCAUGACGAUACAAAAUGGUAACAUGAAUGGAGACUUGAACUUGGCCAUAAUAUAAUGAUUGUAUCUGAUCCUGGUGUUGACAACUGUAAUUUUCAGAAUAAUCAUGUAUGCAGCACGUGUCCACAAGGUAAAUUCUCUAGAAGAUUUUUUAACUCUGCAUUCUGCUAACUCGCUCUAAAUUGAUGCGCCAGAUAACUCUCUAAAAGAAAGAUGAAGUACUCAAACAUCUCGGCGGGUGACGUUUCUUUCUGCACCAGAUGUAACUUUCUCUUAUCGCCAAUAAGAACAUACUCAAAUCGUUCCAAUCAAACUCUCAUGUCUGUAUCUUUAUUUGUUUCUUCGGGUGAGAGAAUCAUCUUCUUUGUGCCACAGUGUUGACAUUUCCUGUUCAAGCAGUUUUUAUCGUGGUACUUUUGCUCUUCAUUUCGAUCACACAGAGUUAAGUUGACAAGAUCUGUUAAAUGUGUGAAGAUUGGAAAGUCAUCAUCUCUUUUCAAAGUUUGUCGAAAUCUCAACAUGCGCUCGACAGCAGCAACUAUUGCGAUCUUUUGCUCUUGCAGGAACAACAUAAAAAGGCUUACAGCCUUCAAAGUAUCUUUGUCCCAUUGUCUUGUUUCCAGUUCGUCUGGAGAUUCCCUUUCCGGCCCAAAAUUUGUGCGCUAUUUUCCUGUGUUCCUCAGGAAUUGCAUCGUUUCUAGUCUUAGUUUUCGUUAAAGUCCAUGGAGUCUCACUGGAUAGUGCUUUUAAGCGAUGUUGAGUGCUCAUGGCUAUCCUCCUUCUCGUGAUUCCAAGUUCUUUAGAAAGGGCAGUCUGCAUACCAUUUGAU